UUUUUUCUAAUCAAACAACCCAUUUAAAUUUUUAAAAAAUUUUAUUCUUUUUAUUGUAAAAAUAAUUCUUUUUUUUUUUUUUAAUUGAUUAGUGUGUUCCAGCCUAAUAUGUUCUAAAAAUUUAAAUGAUGAAUUUAGCAGACUCCUUGUAAGAAAUACACGAGACUGAAUUCGUUAUUUAGACUACGACUACGGUAUAUUCUAUGUCCAAAACAAACCUGACGUUCGAUUAUAGUCAAUAUUAAGGAAAAGGGAAAAAAUGUAAACAAUUCGUCAUAGCAAGACUUCUCCGUAAACUAGUUCGACGGCUAGAGAUAAUCUAACCGACGCGUGAUAGUUGUGACAAAACAUUUGUACGAAGCACUCGAAUCUCAUAGUUAUCUGCAUAACGCAAAACAGUAUUAUUAAAAGGAAGAAUCAAAAUGACAAUCAACUUUGGAAUUAUAAAACUAUGUCAACAGGAUACAGUUGAUGUAAAUGUAGACGAAUUUGCUGAAGAUGUAAUAAUAAAUAUGAAUAAUAUGGAAAUGUCUGAUGUGAUUAAGGCAAACUCAGAGACUGACAUAAUGAACAAGCUACUUUUUGCGUGCAAUGAAAAUAAAAGUGAUGUUAUUUUCAUUAUCGGUAGCAUUGAGCCUGUAGACAGACAUUUUAUAGCUGAAGCAAUUAAAAAUGUUAGCAAUAGCAAAAAACUUUCUAAACAAGUGGCAAAGUUGAUAUUAAACCUAGAAACGAAACUGAACGAGAUUAUGCCACAUAAAACUAUAUGUGGAAUAAGAAAUCAAACACUAAUCAUUGAUUUGUCUGGCCCGUACAAAUAUCCAGGAAUAUGUAUCGAAACAAUUGCAAAUAUAAUACUAGAAUUGAUACAUUUGAUAGGUAUCGACAAAGAAAACGUUUUGCCGUACAAUGUUGCAUCUACUUCUAGUAAUAAUUUUACAGAGCAGAAAAAAGUUAAGACUGCUGGCAAGCGGCGCAAAACACCCACUUCGCCUGAUUUAUUAUUGCUUAACGCGUCUUCGACCAAACGCCACAAGGAAACGCACAAGGAAACCACAUUUCCUAUUAUGCCUUUAAAAGAUGCAUAUUUCAAGAUGAAUGACGUAAUAACGAAGAAUUUAACGGAAAACUUUACAAAAGCGACUUGUGAAACAGUGCGACUAAGUGACGCUUAUGGCAGAGUAUUGUCGCAUGAAAACAUAAAAGCCAUGUGUAACGUGCCACCAUUUCAAGCUUCCACUAAGCAUGGAUACGCAAUACUAGCAACUGAGGGGAAAGGUUUGAGAAAGGUGGAUGUAGAAAAUACGUUUCCGCCGGUUUCACUUAAACCUGGGACAUGCGUGUGGGUGAAAAGUGGAGCGCCAAUUCCCGAUGGAGCAACGGCAGUUAUACAAGUAAAGGAUACAAAGCCAGUAAAAAAUUCCAAAAGCAGUGACGAUACAUAUAUUGAAAUAAUGGUUAUACCACAAAUUGGACAAAAUAUUAAACCGAUUGGUUACGACUUAAAGAAAGGAAAAGAUCUUGGAAUUUCUUCACACACGCGUAUUGGCCCAACAGAGAUUGCACUUUUGGCAGCUGCUGGUUACAAAGAAGUCACAGUCUUUAAAAAUACACUCAAUAUAGGGGUACUAUCUAUUGGAGAUCACUUAAAAGACCCUACGGAGCCUUUAGUACCAGGAUUUAUGUGUGAUGUUAAUCGAAUAACUCUAAUUUCAUUAUUAAAAGAACAAGGUUUCCAUGCCCUGGAUUUCGGAAUUGUGAAUAAUGAAAUGGCGCCUAUACAGCACAAAAUCGAGGAAGCUUUAAAGAAAGUAAAUGUACUUGUGACAACAGGCUCGACCAAUGAUAGAGAUUUGAUGAAACCAAUUUUGGAGAAAUGUGGAGCCGAUAUAAGUUUUGGAAACGUAAAUAUUAAACCGGGAAAGUCAACGAUAUUUGCAACGUGCAAAAUUGAUGAUGUGACCAAAUACUUGCUGUGUCUGUCGGGAAAUCCGGUAACCGCUCGCAUUACCGCGCAAUUAUUUCUUUUACCUCUUGUGAACACAUUGUGCUACAACUUUAAAACGGAUUAUAAUUGCCUAAUAAAAUCAGUUAAAUUAAAACGGCAAUACACCUUGCACAGUCGUCCUAGAUUUGCAUGGACGAUUUUGGAGUGGCAAAAGACAGGAGUAAUGAGUUUUAGAAAGGAAAAUGCCUGCAGUGAUAAGCUGAUUACCGCUGCAAGCGCCAAUGCACUUGUAUCGCUACCGGAUAAGGAAACAGGACUUUUACCUGAAUCAAAUGUGAGAGCUCUACUUGUCAAGUUUCCUAAAAAAUGCAAUGAUAAAAAUCUUGUUGACCCGGAAAGUCAUACUGAGAGACCUAGUAAGAAGAGAUCUAAUAACACAUCUAGUAAGGAACUACUUAAAGAUAUAUUUAAAAAAGAAAAUGAUGCACCUACUUUCGAUUAAUUAUAAAAAAUAAUUUGAAAUAGAUUUGGAUGCAUUGCACAUUGUUUUAAAGUGAUCUUCUUAGCAAAGAUAUUGAAAAAUGUAAUCGUUAAAUACAUUUGUAUUUUUAACUAUUUGAUCAUAAAUAUAAUAAUUAAAUAAUACUUAGCUUAAACGCA